AUGCAGAUUCCUGCCAUGAUGUCUCUGCUUCUUGUGUCUGUGGGCCUCGUGGAUGCACUUCAGGUCCAGGGUCACCCCAUGGUACAACGAAGCGUCUUCUCCCUAGAGACACCUCUGGACAUGGCUCUGACCUCCUUUGAUGACCAGUAUGCUGGCUGUGCAGCAGCCAUGACAGCUGCCCUCCCAGAUCUCAACCACACAGAGUUCCAGACCAACAAAGUGUAUGCAGAAGGCUGGGCACUGGCGAGCAGCAAAUGGCAGGAGCGCCGGGGGUGGGGAGCUUUGUGGGGCUUGAGGCCCACUCGCUUGCCCCCGUCCCCCCCUGGCUUCCGGGAUGAGCAUGGGGUGGCCCUUCUGGCCUACACAGCCAACAGUCCCCUGCACAAGGAGUUCAACAAAGCUGUGCGCGAGGCAGGCCACUCCCGGGCCCACUACCUCCAGCACUUCUCCUUCAAGACCCUGCAUUUUCUGCUCACAGAGGCCUUGCAACUGCUGGCCAGGGCUGGGCAUCAGCCCCAGUGCCACCAGGUGUACCGAGGGAUGCAUGGCUUGCGCUUCCGGCCAGUAGGGCAGGGAGCCAUUGUGAGACUGGGGGGCUUUGCUUCUGCAUCCCAGCAGAAAGUUGCGGCCCAGAAUUUUGGACAGGACACCUUCUUUGGCAUCUGGACCUGCCUGGGGGUUCCCAUCAGGGGCUACUCCUUCUUCCCUGGAGAGGAGGAGGUGCUGAUCCCCCCCUUUGAGACCUUCCAGGUGGUUAACGCCAGCCGACCGACCUGGGGCCCUGCUCGCAUUUAUCUCCGGGCUGUUGACAAGUUUAGUACAUACAACUGUGAGUACAUCAAAGACAAGAAGUGCAGGUCUGGGCGUUGCCAGCUGGAUAGCUCAGCGAUGGGCCAGGGCCCCCUCUCUACCAUCUGGUCCUUCCUGCUGCUGUUCUUGUUCCUUAUGCUGGACCUUCCAGAAGGUCAAGGCCUCCUCUGA